AUGGCCCAGCUUCGGGCUGCCUCGACUCCGCCUCGCACUUUCCAGCCCUCAAUCAAUCUAGCUUUGUUACAUGCAACCUCAGAACACGAAGCCCAUGCAAGUCGACAGAAUGGUGCUUCGGAGGAUGCUGACUUCGAUAUGAACCUCAACGAGCCAUCCGAACUUGACAUUGCUACGCCCGUCUCGACCAUUGAUCCAGCUCUCUCAGGCUCUGUUGGCGACACCCUCCGUGCGCUUCAGGAACGCACUAUCUCUGCUCGGAGUGACAUGCGUUUCCUGGAGCCCGUGGCCAAUAUGUUUCGCCUCAAAGGCGAAGCAAAAGCUAUCCUUAGACACUUCAUUGAGGCUCCCAGUGAAGAGCGAGAGAUCAUAUUACUCGGUGCUGUAAUGUCGGUCAAACAGGCUGUGGAAAGCAAUACCGUCGUAGCAAACGAAUUGUGGACGGUUUCUGACCGUCUGGAGACAGAGAUUGACAAAUACGCCAUCCGAAUUCUGUUAUCGCCUGAGAUUAAGACGUACGACCAAGGCCCAUUGGACCAGCUUGCCACCAUCAUCAAGCGUAAGAGAUGGGGUCUAUCAGCGACCAUAGAGCAUGACGACGAUGGGAAAUGGGACAAGGUCCUCGGUGUUGCACGCGGUCGGCUCACACAAAGGAAGUCGGAGAUCAAGAAAGCGGUCGGAGAUUCUUAUGACGCCAAAGAAGUCGCUUCCGCAGAGGACGACGUCCCGAUGUCGAAAGGCCAGAACAUCAUUGGGCUCUGCAAAGUGCUACAAAAGAUCGGCAUUAAGAAGAUUCCGUCUGGUACGAACAUCAACAUGACGCCACAGUUCUGCGCGCGAAUCGCGUUUCUGCGUUCAGUCCACUUUGAGCACGGCACGUCAGACUCGUUCUGGAAACAGGUGGAUGAAGAACUCAUAAGCACUCGCAAGGAAGCUAAAUAUGACAAUCACAUCUUUUCAUACCACAUGACCCAGGUUCUUGAGCGCGAUCGGAAGCUUUUUCCGUGUUUGAACUGGAACACCAUCGACAAAAACAUGCCAUCGACCAGUCAAAGCGAAGUUGAUCAGGUGUUGCAGACCGGGAGCUCCACGACAUUGACAACUGCAGAGGACAUCUCGACAUCGACAUAG